UCAUUAAUGCGCUUAGUGACGAUGUUUCAAAUUAUUUGUACAUCUCUAAUGUCAUGGCGGACACAAAGCAAAGCGGUGGGGAAAAAAAAUUAUGUGCAAGCAGAAUGAAAAAUCUCAAAUAAAAAAAUAUAAUUUUUCUGCAGCCAGUGAAAUGUAAACUAAUAAUGUGUACGAUAACAAUAACAGUGAGACAAUAAUGUAUAUUUUAGAAUAUCAAUUAUAAUGUGUACGGCUAGGUAAAAUAACGAAAAAAUGACGCGAAAAUAUGAUUUCAACUUCGUGCAGGCGCCACCAACAAAAUCAGUGUUUGUAGUGUCAGUGGAAAAUUGGCAAUUGCGUACGUUUAUGUAAAUGCUGAGUACGGGGGAAUAAAAACAAAUUGCAAUUAUCACCAAAAUAUUAAUUUUUUAUUAACUGUGUAUUAACAACGGUCACAUUCCCACGUCUCAGAGAGAAAAAUAUUGGGGAAAAAGAGGCGCGAAAAAUUCGCAACAAAAUGGUUGUCUCAAAAGACAACAAGCGUCGCCGUAAGGAAACGGAGACCCCGCCAACGUCAUCGUCGUUGGCGGCAGCGGUGACCGUUGCUGUAGAGUCGUCACCUGAGAUGCCUAAAAGAACAAAGGUGCAGGCACAGCGUAAAUUUGCACAAGGGCAGAGCGCGCCCACCGCUGCAGGCGCCUUCAGUGCUGCCAGCGUUGCAGCAGCAGCAGCGGCGGCGGCGGCAGCAGCAGCAGCAUCAGCGUCGUCUGGACCCAGCACAUCUACUGAAAGCCACCAACCACCGAUCGAGAUAUUGCCAAACAAGUGUCCCAAGGCACAUGAUUUUGUAACAUUUCUCUGUCUACGCGGCACCUCCGCCUUGCCCGCUCAUUUGGACUAUUUGAAUCAGGGCAAGGCCAAAACAAACGACGCUCCGCCAACCAGCGAUGCCAGCAACAUCAACAAAAAGAAGAACAUCGGCAAAAAGAAACGCGGAAGACCCGCCAAAACAGCAACAGCUAAAACUAAAGUUGAGCAAACCCCACAACAAAUGCAGCAGCAACUGGUACAACCGCAAUUGGUAACAGCUGAUAAAGCAGCUAGUGAUAAAAGUGAAACUGUGAAGCCUCUGUCAGCAGCUCCUCCUUUGCUGCUGGCGGGUGCAGUGCGCAAGCGUGCUGAGGUGAUAGCCGAGGGCAACAGACGAGGAGCGAGACGCACGGAGAAUUUGAAGCGUCGCUCGAAUCGCGCCAGCAACAGGGAAAAAGAAGACGAAUCUGAGCAAAAUAAAGAUAAUUCAACUCACCAAGGGGAAGAGGAGGAAGAGGACGAUGAUGACGAGUUCUUCUCUGCCCACGAUGCAAGCUCACGCAAUGGUGGCGCUGAUGAGACACUUUCCAAGUCGGAAGCACCCCACUCGAAUGCUAAACGCGGUCGCAACCAGGCAACAGCAUCAGCGGGCAGAAAGUCACGAGCAGCUGUCUCACCAGCUGUCACCGAGAACAGCAGCAGCAAAGAUAAGGAAAAAGGUCCAGUGAAACGUGUGCGGCAACGCGAAUCUCCCAUAUUCAUACCCUCGCCAGAAUCGUCGGGCCGCAUGACACGACAGAGGGCUUUUUUUGAGCCCGUUAAGGUACCGCCCAAGCAAGAGGACACGGACACGGAGGACGAGAAGAAGGUGCAGGAGCAGAAAAAGCCUGCUGCAGCGACUGAGUCCAAGAAACAACAGUCGCAGCUUGCUCAACGUGAGCUCAGCAAGGAAAAAAUCAACUCAAGCAUUUAUGCCAAAGAUGCGGCUAAGAAGCAACUGGAAAACGGAGGGACAACAUCAACUGCGACAGCUGCUGAACAGCAGAAGGGACUGAAUGUAUUUGACUUUAGUUCCGAUGACGAGCAGCCGCUGGCCAAGGCCAUAAAGCUGAAGAAGGGCGCUAAAAAGAGUGCAGCAGGAACAGGAGCAUCAGCAGCGGCCGCCACAACCAGCGCACGUGGGCGUAAGUCAGCAGGCGGACCGGCAAAAAAGCAACAACAGCAACGGGAAGAUGAAAAGGCGGAGGCAAGCAGUGCAACGCCGGCAAGCAAGGUCGAAGAACAACCCAAAACGAAGCGUGGAAAAGCGCUCAAAAAGAAAGCGGAAGAGGAAACAGAUCAUCAGGAGGACGAAUUAGAGUCAGAGACUAUGCCGCCCUCGCCCAAGAAGCCGAGCCAAACAAACGCUCGUCCGGCGCGUCGUCAAGUGCAGUCGAGAACAAACAAAGUCGAACGGUCAGUCAGUCCUAGUCCGCAGCGAAGUCAGCGGCCGUCGCGAAAAACGAAGGAAGCGGCGGCCAUUUACAUGGGCAUCAUCGGGCAUAAGCUGCAGCUGGCCGAUGACGAGGAGGAUGAUCUGUCGCUGAGCAGCUUUCCGGACAUACCCAAUGUCAAGCAAAUGGAGAAAAUGGAAAAGGAGAUGAAGAAAAAUGCUUCCGGCAAAUCAGGGUUAGCAGAAGCAACAAAAAAGUCAAGUAAAUCCGCAGCAGCAACUGCUGCAACAGAGACGGAAUCUACUGCAGCAGCCUCAGCAGUUGCCGUUGCCGAGCAGACGUCUCAAGCUCCUGCAGAAGCGACAACAACAGCAACAGCGCCGCCAGCUCCAGCGAGACGCGGACGACCGCCCAAACAGGCGAAAGGCGCAACGGGUGGUGCGGGUGGAUCAGCGACUGCAACGGGCAAACCGCAGAUUGAGGGCAUGCUGGUAAAAAAGGGUGCACUGGCGCUGGCCAAAGCCAAGUCCGAACAGCAACAGCAAAAAAACCAACAGCAGCAACAACAGCUGCAGCAACAGCAACAAAAAGACGACUCCGAUGCGGAGGAGGAUUUUUUAAUCAAUGAGGAGCUAAACGAAACGAAGCGCAAGCUGGAAAAGAGUUUUAGCGACUCCGAUGAUGAGCCUUUGGCCAUUAAAGUGCCAACAGCAGCAGCCACAGCGGCCGCAGCAGCAGUAGCAGCAGUAACAGCAACAACAACAUCAGCAGCAACAGCAGCAGUAGCAGCAGCGACAACAACAGCAGCCGCAGCAGUUGUAGCUGCAUCAACUGUCAACGCCAGCAAUAGCAAAGCUGAAGGUGCAACAGCAACAGCAACACCAGCAGAAGCCACAGUUGUAACAGCAACCGUAACAGCAGCAGCAGCAGCAGCUGUAACAGCAUCAACAUCAGUAGCCGCUGCAACAUCAACAACAACAACAACGUCACCCACUGUUAAACCACUGACACCACAGCCGAGCGCAGCGAGUUGUCCUCCCAGUUUGCCGGGCACCACGCAGCUGACGCUGCUGCCACUGACCGCCAAGCCCAUGCCUUACUCCAUAUCGCCGCCCAGCUAUGCGUCGGCUGCAGCAACACUGAAAGCCAUGGAAAAGAAAUCGCCAGUGCCCACAUCGAAGAUACUUAAUGUGCCCGCCACGUAUGCGCUGCCAGGCACGGGAGCUGGUCUGAGCACGGCAGCUGUAGGAUUUGCGAAGACCUCGUCAUAUUUGCCGCAGGCAUCGCCGCAUUAUCACACGCCGUACGUGCGACCGUCAACAUUUGGGGUUGCUGCGGCGGCUGCAGCGGCAGCAGCUGCCGCUGGCAACAAGACGCCCCAGCAUCAGCAGCAGCAGCAGCAGAUAACGCCGACCCUGAUCACAGCAAGCAGCGUGACAUCUCCAUUGAAAUAUCAAACGCCGCCCACAACUUAUCCGCCGCCCAUUGAAGCCUAUCAGUGUCCCAAAAUCAAUCCUAAUUUUCUAACGCCCAAAUAUGAGCGCAGCAGCGUUUUGCCACGCGCCAACAACAUUGUCAACAACAACAACAACAUGAGCAGCAGCAGCAGCGUGACAACGGGCAAUGUGUUGAGCAACAAUAGUUUUACAGCGCCAACAGCAGCGCGUUCCACACUCAACAGCUUAGCCACGCCUGUGGCAGCCGCACCAAAGAGUGUGACAGUUAGUCAAAGUCAAACUCUUAAUCUUAGUCUGACCGCAACGCCAUCGCCUGUGGCUUCUACAUCGGCGGCAGCAGCAGCAGCGGCUGCUGCAGUCGCUGCGCAGCAACAUCAACAACAACAACUGCAGCAGCAGCAGCAACAACAGCAGCAGCAGCAGCAGCCUCAAGCGUCGCCAGCACCAACCCAACUGCAGCUAACAGCAGCAACCGUAGCAGCUGCGACAACGCCAGCAACAACACCUGCAACGCAGACUAGCACCAGCAAUGCAGAUCCGCUGAAAGAUGAAAUUGGCAGCAUCCUGGCACAGGCCACGCUUAUGCCCAGCAAAGAGGAGUCGGGCAAGAUUUUUGGCAUAGCCAGCGUAAGUCUGGCACAAAGUUCCGGGCCGGACAACACGAAAUGUACGCUGGGCAAAUGUGGUUCCAUACAUAAGCCGGUGCUGGGUCCGGUAGUGCCAACUGAAGGCUACUUUGGCGAUCAGCUAACGAGCAAGGAGCGGCGCAAGGCCAAGGUGAAUAUGACGCAUGAGCAGAUACAGAAGUGGCUGAUCGAGUGCAGUUCGAAUCCGGACGAGAUCCAAGAUGAUCUGGACGAUGAUUACGAUGACAGCUUGCGGCCACAGCAGGCGCAAACACCGCCAGGACCCACCACCCGUGACGAUAAAGAGAGCACCAGCUUCAGCAGCUCCUCGAAGAAUACACGCGGCGAGCUGGGUAAAAGCGAAAGCGCCUGGUCAGCCAAGGGACCGUCCCUGAAGGCGACACCAGUGCUGGUCAGCUCAGCGGCAGCUGCUGCAACAAUUGUCAGCAAUCGCAAGGAUACAGAGACGGAACCCGAAGCUCUGGACUUUGACAAAUGCAUGACGCCCGUGAAUCUCACACAGAAGCCACAGCUGGAAACGUCAGCGGCCGACAAGAAGCUGAAGAAUGCAGCCAGCAAUAGUGUUAAGGCGGCGGCAGCGCAGUCGACCACAACAGCCGUUGGAGCGGGCAGCAAACGAAGCGCCACGGCCACGCCUACGCCUAGUGCAACGCCCACGCCACCACCACCUCCGCCCAGCAAACAGAAGGCAGCCAAUAAAAAGCAGUCAAAUGCAGCUGCAACAAAGCAAUCUACGCCGCCACCCAGUCACAGCAACACUAAAGCAGGAUCAUCAACCCCAGCAACACCAACCAAACGCACGCCUGUCUAUCAGAGCCAGAGCAAGGGCAAAGCCCAGGCCCCGGCAGAAAACAAGCAGCAGCAAUCGGCUAAAGUUGCUGAAAAAACAUCCGUUUAUGCCUUUGGCAAGGAAGAGGAGACAGCUGCAGCAGCUGCAACGACAAGUGCUCCUGCGGGCAAGGCAACAAAUCGUCGUCGUAAUGCAGACACCGAUGCAUCAACGCCGGCGCCGGCGCUCAGCGAACGCUCACCGACGAAAAAGCGUGCAGCUGCAGCAGCGGCAGCUACGGCAGUUCAGCUGACACUUAGUCCCACUGAUAAACUGGAGAAGCCCAACAAGGCAGCAACAGCAUCAGCAGCAACACGAAAGAAACAACAGCAGCAGCAGCAGCAGCAGCAGCAACAACAACAGGCAACAGCAGCUGCGGCAGCAGCAGCAGCAGCUGCCAGUACAGGCGGAGAUUCGGAUGCUGAGGGCGCUACCUUCUACAUACCACUGCUGCAGGGUGCCAGCGGCGGCGGCGAAGGUGGCAUACAAGGCGUGGCCGUCAAGUUGGGACGCGAAGGUCCUGAUGGGCCCAAUCAAAAGGUGGUGAUGCAGGCAACGCUCGUAACCAAAGCGCAAAUGGACACAAAUUCCUCUAAGCCACUGCCGGACAAUGAGCUGGUCAAAACGCUACUUAAUGCCGCCAAUACCAGCAACGAUGCAGUAGCUGCUGCAGCAGCCGUAACAGCAGCUAGCAACAGUCUAAAAGCCAGCACGUCAGCUGCAGCAGCUGCAGCUACCGGACUGGUCCGCGUCAAUUCCAAUUCCUCGCUUUUCUCCGGCUCUGGCAAGUCGCGCACUGCUGCUGCGGCGGCCGCGUCUACAGCCCUGGCCAAGAAGUACAAAGACGACACGCCCAUUAAGAUGGCCAAUAAUACGGCAUUCCCGCGACAUGAUGAUCCCACACAAAUGGUCGAGGCGCCCAUAUUUAAGCCCACCGAAAAGGAGUUCGCCGAUCCCAUCGAAUUCAUUGAACGCAUUACACCGAUUGCUGCCAGAUUUGGUAUCUGCAAGAUUAUUCCGCCGGCCAGUUUCAAGCCUGAGUGCCGCAUCUCCGAUGAGAUGCGCUUCACGGCGUACAAUCAGUAUGUUCACAAAAUGCUGCAUCGCUGGGGACCCAGUGCCAAGGAGCUGAGCGCGAUCAAAAAGUAUUUAGCCACACAGAGCAUUGUGAUGAAUCAUGCACCCUGGAUUGGCGGCAUGGAGGUGGAUCUGCCACGUCUAUAUCACACUGUGCAGGAGCUCGGCGGUCUAAAGGAGGUCAUCGAAAAAAAGAAAUGGGCACGUGUAGCAGAAGAGAUGUGUAUACCGAAGCUUGCGCAGGAUCGUGUGACCAAACUGGAUGACAUCUAUUGCAAGUACUUGUUGCCCUACGACACGCUCUCCCCGGCAGAAAGACAGAAACUGUUCGAUGAGGUCGAAGCGGAUUGGGCGAAGCGAGAGGCACGCGCUCGACGCAAUGCGGAUCGAUUUGUGAAUAGCACCGAGAGCGUUUCGAACGAAGAAGACGAUGUCUCCACGGAUGAGGAUGAGGAGUCGGAGGAGGAGAUCGACGGUGUUUCCAUGGAGUGCAUUGUCAAGGGUCGCAGCAUGGCGCUCAGUCAAUUCUAUCGUAUAGCGCGCAACACUAUGGCACUGUGGUUCAAGAGCACCGAUCCUACGGUCAAUGAAGUGGAGGCGGAGUUCUGGAGACAUGUUGCUGUGCGUGACAGUCAUGUGUGCGUGCAUUCGGGCUCCAUUGAUAGCUCCGGCUGGGGUUAUGGUUUUCCCAGUCCGGGUCCCAAGGGCAAGGGCUCGAAUUAUGCGCGUCAUCCGUGGAACCUCAAGGUUCUGACCAAUAAUGCAGGGUCUGUGCUGCGCUCGCUAGGUCCUGUGAUGGGUGUUACGGUGCCUACCCUCCACGUGGGCAUGCUCUUCUCCGCCUGCUGUUGGUAUCGUGAUCCUCAUGGACUGUCUUGGAUCGAGUAUCUGCAUACAGGUGCCUCCAAGCUGUGGUAUGGCAUACCCGACGAUCAGAGCGCCAAUUUCCGUUCGGCGUUGACAUCACUGAUACCGACGCACUGUCAGAACAAGACUAUUUGGUUACCCUGUGAUACGGUGAUGGUGCCUCCACACAUGCUCACCGAUCGAGGUGUCUCGCUAUGCCGCAUCGAACAGAAGCCGGGCGAGUUCAUUGUAGUUUUUCCGCGCGCUUACACAUCCAGUCUAGCCACGGGCUAUGUGGUUUCUGAAAGCGUUUAUUUCGCAACUAUGUCGUGGCUAGAUUUAGCCAAGGAUGAUUUCAGGGAUAUUCAUGAGAGCUGUGAGCCGGCGAUGUUCUCGCUGGAACAAUUGCUUUUCGCCUUAGGAUACGAUCAGCGCGUUAAUUCGGACACACUGCAGCAGAUGCUGCCCAUGCUUAACGAGGUCUGCGAAAAGGAAUCAGCGGCACGCGAGCAGCUCAGAGCUGCUGGCGUCACAUCCACGGAGAAAGUACAGGCGGAGAAGGGUCAAAAGACAAAGAAGCAACAGCAACCGCCCCACAAAUCGAUUGAAAGCGAAUGCGAUCUAUGUCGCGCCAAUCUGUAUAUAUCGAUGGUACGCACCGAGGAGAGCAACGUCUACUGUUUGCAGCACGCACUUAAAAAUCUCAACAACGGCAACAUUCAGGCCAAGCAAUGUAAACUGAUCUAUGCAUACAAUGUCGACGAUAUUCAGCAGUUGAUACGGCAGCUCCAGGAGAAGAUUCAGCACAAGGCAGCCGUUAAGAAAAAGUAGCAACGUCGGCGUCGCUACUAAAUGAGCGCAAUUAUGAUAUAAAUUAUCCAAAACGAUUUAAACGACAGCGUUUAAAAAUAAUUGUAUAUAGGACUACAUAUUGC